GGUCAAAUUUGCUCUCUUUAAACAAUAAAUAUAUCAGCAGAAAAGAAGGAUCAGUUUUUUCUUAUAAAUUCGGCAAAUCCUUCAAACAGACCCUAAAACAUUCACAAGAAAUUAUACUAUCAGAAUCCUCAAGAAUUAAGAUGGCAGAGUUGUAUGACAAGCAGGCAGCAAUAUAUUUGGAUGCGAGGCCAAGAUAUCCAAGCGAAUGGUUUUCAAUGCUGGCUUCUCUAACCCCUGACCACUCUUUAGCUUGGGAUGCUGGCACAGGCAAUGGUCAAGCUGCUAUUGAUGUCUCAGAGCAUUACAAACAAGUGAUUGCAACUGACGUAAGUGAAGAACAGUUAAAGCAUGCUAUACAACAUCCCCAAGUUCAAUACUUUCACUCUCCAUCAUCAAUGUCUGAUGAUGAACUAGCGAACUUAAUCGGGGGUGAAAAUUCAGUUGAUUUAGUUGUUGCGGCUACAGCUGUGCAUUGGUUUGAUCUAGAAAAAUUCUACGCUGUCGUCAAUCGUGUGUUAAAGAAGCCUGGAGGUGUGGUUGCUGUUUGGAGUUACAAUAUCAUCCAAGUUAGCCCAGAAAUGGAUCCUCUAUUAAGGAAAUUCUACGAGGGAACUUUUCCUUUUCAAAACCCAAAAGUCAUGUACGCAUUUGAGUGUUACAAGACACUUCCAUUUCCUUUUGAAAGUGUAGGCGUAGGUUGUGAGGGGCAGCCUCUGGAAUUGGACUUGCCAAUGGAGAUGUCGUUUGAGAGGCUUUUGAAGUUGUUGAGUUCAGCUUCUGCUGUGAAUACAGCAAAGGAACAAGGUGUGAAUUUAUUGUCUGAUGAGGUUGUGAGGGAGCUUGAGAGUGCUUGGGGUGGACCUGAAUUGGUUAGAACUGUCAACUACAGAACCUAUAUGCUUGCAGGAAAAGUCAAGCUCUAAGCUCUAAGUUUUGAGUUCCAUUGUACUAAAAUCAUCUCCUCGUUGAACAUUCAUAACUUAAUAGUUUUUGUACUAGUAUUUUACCCCUUCCACUGUGGAGUGUAUAAUAAAUGUCAGUUGAGUUACUCGCUCUUUACACCAGAAAGAAUUCAUCAGGGCUCUUCCUGGCAGACUCAGAAUAAGUUCGUUUUUCUGCUGCAAUGCAUUGCAGAUUUCAAGAUGUAGCACUCAAUUGAAAUUAAUCAUACAUUGCAGAGUUCAAAACA